GGCACCUGUUGUUGGCCGAAGGCGUGGCUUCCCUGCAAGCAUCAGGUAACACCUGCCUCUCCCUUUCUGGAGCUACAAGCUCAGGGCUUGCAAGGGAAUUCGAGCCACGGCAGGAACAGGUGACGUUGAAGCAGCAGCAGCAGCAGCACCUCUCUCUGCUGCUGCUGCUGCUGAUGAGACCCAGCCAAGAUGGUAGAAGGACGCUUCUCCAAACUUCUCCAGCAAGGAUCCCUUUUCCGCUUAUCCCAGAAAUAUCAGCCACUUGGGAGUGGGGAGCCAGAAGGAGAGACUGAAGAAUGUGAGCUGAAAGUAGUUAAACAGGAGAAGGAUGUCGCAGCUCUGUCCUCCAGAGAUGCUUGCAAAUGCCAUAAAGAAGACUUGGCCAAAGCUCUGCAUGUCGAUUUACAAACGGGACUCUCGGAGUUAUCUGUGCUCCAUCGCAGGCUGACCCAUGGCUGGAAUGAAUUUAUAGUAGACAAUACGGAGCCAAUAUGGAAGAAAUAUCUAGACCAGUUUAAGAACCCGCUGAUUCUGCUGCUGCUGGCUUCUGCCUUAGUAAGCAUCAUCACAAAAGAGUACGAGGAUGCUGUGAGCAUUGCAAUGGCCGUGCUAAUUGUGGUUACGGUGGCCUUCAUCCAGGAAUAUCGCUCUGAAAAAUCUUUGGAAGAGCUCAACAAGCUAGUCCCUCCAGAGUGUAACUGCAUAAGGGAAGGGAAACUGCACCAUCUUCUUGCACGGGAACUUGUCCCAGGAGAUAUUGUGUGUCUUUCUGUUGGAGACAGGGUUCCCGCAGAUCUCAGACUGAUAGAGGUUACAGACCUGUUGGUGGAUGAAUCCAGUUUUACUGGCGAAGCUGAGCCUUGUAGCAAGACUGACGGUACCUUAGUGGAAGCUGGGGACAUAACGACACUAAGUAAUGUUGUUUUCAUGGGAACCCUGGUGCGGUAUGGGACGGGAAAAGGAGUGGUUAUCGGAACUGGCAAGAACUCGCAGUUUGGAGAAGUGUUUAAAAUGAUGCAAGCAGAGGAGACACCUAAAACUCCUCUGCAGAAAAGCAUGGAUCAACUGGGGAAACAGCUUACCCUCUUCUCCUUUGGCAUAAUCGGUUUAAUAAUGCUCAUUGGCUGGUUGCAAGGAAAACAUCUGCUCAGCAUGUUUACUAUUGGAGUUAGCCUGGCUGUGGCUGCCAUCCCGGAGGGCCUCCCGAUAGUGGUCACGGUGACGCUGGUCCUCGGCGUUUUGAGGAUGGCCAAGAAAAGAGUGAUUGUGAAGAAGCUGCCCAUAGUGGAGACGUUGGGAUGCUGCAACGUCAUCUGUUCAGACAAGACAGGUACUUUGACGGCCAAUGAGAUGACAGUCACUCAGCUGGUAACCUCGGAUGGAUUUCAGGCAGAGGUCAGUGGGGUUGGAUACAAUGGGAAAGGGAGUGUAUGCCUCUUACCAUCCAAGGAAGUCUUAAAGGAAUUUUCCAAUGUCUCCGUAGGAAAGCUAGUAGAGGCUGGCUGUAUAGCCAAUAAUGCUAUUAUUCGAAAAAAUAUUGUGAUGGGUCAGCCAACCGAAGGCGCCCUCGUCGCUCUUGCUAUGAAGAUGGAAUUAAAUGAUCUAAAAGAUAUUUAUGUAAGAAGGAAGGAAAUCCCAUUUAGCUCCGAACAAAAGUGGAUGGCAGUAAAAUGUUUAUUGAAAAAUCAGGAACAGGAAGAAAUUUACUUUAUGAAGGGAGCCUUUGAAGAAGUGAUUCGCUAUUGUACCAUGUAUAACAGUGGGGGUAUCUCGGUGCUACUUACACCACAGCAGAAAGCCAUCUAUGUCCAGGAGGAGAAAAGAAUGGGAUCGUUAGGCCUGAGAGUCCUUGCCUUGGCUUCAGGUCCAGAACUUGGCAGAAUGACAUUUUUAGGCCUGGUUGGAAUAAUUGACCCUCCAAGAGCGGGAGUGAAGGAAGCAGUCCAGGUCCUGUUUGAGUCAGGGGUAUCGGUGAAGAUGGUGACGGGAGAUGCCUUCGAAACGGCUAUGGCCAUCGGGCGGAGCAUUGGACUCUGCAAUGGGAAGCUGAAAGCCAUGUCUGGGGAAGAGCUGGAACAACUGGCAGAGUCAGAGCUAUCAACCACGGUCAAACAAGUUUCCAUCUUCUUCAGAACAAGUCCAAAGCACAAACUAAAAAUCAUAAAGGCUUUGCAAAAGGCUGGUGCCAUUGUGGCAAUGACAGGGGAUGGGGUAAAUGAUGCGGUGGCCCUCAAAUCUGCCGAUAUUGGGAUUGCAAUGGGACAAGCAGGCACCGAUGUCAGCAAAGAGGCUGCCAACAUGAUCCUAGUGGACGACGAUUUCUCAACUAUCAUGAACGCCAUAGAGGAGGGAAAGGGAAUAUUUUACAAUAUAAAAAAUUUUGUCCGCUUCCAGCUCAGCACGAGCAUUUCAGCUUUGAGCUUAAUUACUCUGUCAACAGUAUUCAAUUUACCAAAUCCACUCAACGCCAUGCAGAUCUUAUGGAUCAAUAUCAUUAUGGAUGGACCUCCGGCUCAAAGCUUGGGAGUCGAACCGGUUGAUAAAGAUGCCAUCAAACACCCUCCCCGGAGUAUUACAGGCACAAUACUCAGCAGGUCGCUCAUCCUGAAAAUCUUCAUGUCUGCUAUCAUCAUCAUCAGUGGAACCCUCUUUGUCUUUUGGAAAGAGAAUCCCAAAAGUGGCAUAACCCCCCGAACCACAACAAUGACCUUCACUUGUUUUGUGUUUUUCGAUCUCUUCAAUGCCUUGACGUGCCGAUCUCAGACGAAGUUGAUAUUUGAGGUAGGAUUUUUCCGGAAUCGCAUGUUCUUGUACUCCGUCCUGGGGUCGCUUCUAGGGCAAAUGGCUGUGGUGUACAUUCCUCCCUUACAAAAGAUCUUCCAAACAGAGAGUUUAGGAGCAUUAGAUCUGUUGUUUCUCGCUGGAUUGGCUUCCUCGGUUUUUAUUGUGUCUGAGCUCAUCAAGCUGUGCGAAAACCGCUGCUGUAGAACAAAGCUAGUGAGGCGUCACCCUGCGGUGUGAUGGACAAGAGACUUCUAUGAAGAACGUCCUUUGAACAAAGCCGUGACAUUUUGUAAUCCAGACGUGUCAUUUUGUGCCUAUGCAAACCCCCUUCGGAUACCUCGUCCCUGGAUAGGCCUUCCCACACCGGAUUACAUCCCUGUCCUGUUCUUCACCAACGUCAUUUCAGCUUUCCGUAGGAGGCUUCCAAGCUGCCACCGGGCACCCAGCAUUAUGUAUAUUUUCAUAACACAUUGAUCUGUAUUGUUUUAUCCGAGACAAUCACUCUGGGUCACGUGGCUAUACACCCGGACUGAAAAAUCCACUAUGCAUAAAAGGAAGUUUAUUUAUUUAAACCACAAGGACUUUUAUUAAUAAAAUUGCGUGUUUCCAAUGUUUUAAACACAAAGUUUCUGAGUAGACCUCAGACUGGCCUUGUUAAAAACAGAGGUUAACGCUUAAAUAACAGCCAA